AGCACGAGUAAAUUUUACGGAAGUCGUGUCCGCGGGGAAAGACAGGUACCCCAGCAUGCUCCCUCCAUUGCCGUUCACAGAGAUGCGCUUACAGGCAUAAUUCUCAACACACGUCAAAGCUGAUAUUAAUGUUUGUCAUUGCAGUCUGCCUGGCAUGAGAAGAGAAAGAGAGGGGAAGCAAGCACUGCUGGUUCCCAGCCUGUCAAAAAAUGUCUCCUCACAAAUUCCAUUCCGCCUUUACAAACAACCUUCUCGUGAAUCGCUAGAGCCCGUGCUGUCUGAGUGCUCUUGCGCUGUCACAAUUCUCUCCCCUGAUUGUCAAGCCAGGGUGUCAGAUUCACGUGGUAUCGGGUUUUUGGAACUUGCAUCCAACAACAGUCUGAAGACAAAAGGUGAAGAGAGGAGGACCAAAAAAGGUAAAAGAGAUCAUGGCACCCGCUUCGACAUUGCCGAAAUAUUGGCGGCCAUUCAUGACUAUUUCCAGAUCAAAGCCUCGUUUCCUCAGCGAGUCUCAGGGGUAUGUUAUCAAGGCUACCCUGCAAUCACGGCCUCGACGAGAAGGACUAAACCCGAGUCAGAUCAUCGUUCGCGUCAGACAUUGCGUUAG